AUGGGUCAACAGCAAUCUAAUCUGGGCGGUGGCCCUGGCGGCGAUGGUCGCGAUGACAAGGAUAAGAAGAAGAAGCGCAAGGCUGCUGGUCCUAGCACUGCCUCCAAGCUUCCAGAUAUCUUCCCUACGUCGCGUUGCAAGCUACGAUACCUCCGCAUGCAACGGGUUCAUGACCACUUGUUGCUAGAGGAGGAGUACGUCGAGAACAUGGAGCGGAUGCGCAAGGCUAAAGCCCAAGCUGCACAAGACCCCGCCAGCCGAGGAGGCGGUGAUCUGGAUGUGAUGGAUCGGAACGCUGAUGAGCGGAGUCGCGUCGACGACAUGCGAGGCAGCCCGAUGGGCGUCGGCAACUUGGAAGAGUUGAUUGAUGAUGACCAUGCUAUUGUCUCAAGUUCCACCGGCCCCGAGUACUACGUCUCGAUCAUGUCUUUCGUCGACAAAGACCUCCUCGAGCCAGGUGCCAGUAUUCUUCUACACCACAAGUCCGUGUCCGUCGUCGGUGUACUGACGGAGGAAUCUGAUCCUCUCGUGUCAGUGAUGAAGUUGGACAAGGCACCGACUGAAUCAUAUGCCGAUAUUGGUGGUCUCGAGCAGCAAAUUCAGGAAGUCCGCGAGUCAGUGGAGCUGCCCUUGCUACACCCCGAGCUUUAUGAAGAGAUGGGUAUCAAGCCCCCCAAGGGUGUGAUUCUUUACGGUGCUCCGGGUACCGGUAAGACACUCCUCGCCAAAGCUGUUGCCAACCAGACCAGCGCAACUUUCCUUCGCAUCGUUGGCAGCGAGCUGAUCCAGAAGUACCUGGGUGAUGGUCCCCGUCUGGUUCGCCAGAUCUUCUCAGUUGCUGCCGACCAUGCUCCAUCGAUUGUGUUCAUUGACGAAAUCGACGCUAUCGGCACGAAGCGAUAUGAAUCACAAUCAGGCGGUGAACGUGAAAUUCAGCGUACCAUGCUGGAGCUGCUCAACCAGCUGGAUGGAUUCGAUGAUCGUGGCGAUGUUAAGGUCAUCAUGGCUACCAACAAGAUUGAAACAUUGGAUCCUGCUUUGAUCCGACCUGGUCGUAUCGAUCGCAAGAUUCUUUUCGAGAACCCUGAUCAAAACACCAAGAAGAAGAUUUUCACCUUGCACACAUCAAAGAUGUCUCUGGGUGACGAUGUCGACCUCGAGGAGUUCAUCAACCAGAAGGACGAUCUUUCUGGUGCUGACAUUCGCGCCAUCUGUACUGAAGCUGGUUUGAUGGCUCUGAGAGAGCGUCGGAUGAGAGUGCAGAUGGACGACUUCCGGGCCGCUCGCGAACGAAUCAUGAAGACUAAGCAAGACGGCGGUCCUGUGGAAGGUCUGUACUUGUAG